AUGACAGAAGCCGGACGCUCCACGCGUGGAAAAUAUGCGAAGCUCGAGGAUGUUCAAUUCGCUGCUGCCAUGAUACGGGAUCUCGGCUUGGAUCGCCUGAGCCCGUCAAGCCGGCCGAGAUUCUUGAUUCAUGACAGAGAAUAUCCUUAUCAUGAGAUAGCACGACGUGUGCAAAGAGCGAAGAAGUCAGGCACUUGGAUCCAGAAAUCAUUUGGUGCCAAACCACCACCUGCCCACAUCCAGAUUAUACCUGCUCGAACCAACGCCACCAACGUCGAUGUGUCUUCGACAAACAACUGCCAACAUGCACAUGAUGAUAUCUCCACCGUGAGUGUCAUUGAUCGGGAAGGACAAACGGAAUACGUGUUUGACUACUGCGCUCAUCUGCUGGCCUACCAGAACAACAUGAGAAUUCUCACCACACCAUCUGAUCCGGACGCGAUGCAGAAGACCGCGAGACUUUGCUACCACAUCUCAAGAUAUCUCAAAGGAGCUCAGGACAAAAAACUCUUCGUCAGCAACGACGCAGGAGAAUUGAUCAGUCGUUCUUCCGCCAGAAGUUUAAUCAAUCUCAACAACUUCUACAAAUACUGUAUCGUUGCAAUCGAUCUUUGGGAUAGGCAAUACUGGCGCCAGGGAACUGCUCUACUUGUUCGAGCUCUGGAGCUUGUCGAGAUAGUGUUGAAGGAGCAAGACCCUAAGAUGCUGGACGUUCUCUGCGAUUUGUGCAUCCUGCUUCCGACCAGGGGGUACGGACAACUGUAUGAGAUAUUGCAGCACAAGCUAUGCAGCUUGGUUGAGCGGAGAGCUCGAAGAGAGCUCGAACAACAACAUCCCUGGGCGCAGAUAUUUGCUGUCAUCAAAAAAUUGCCCAGCACAGAGGUAGUCGCGACCUUGCAGCAAAGCUGGAAAUGUGGUUACGAUCAUAUAACGGAACUGCUCCCAGAAGACCCGUGGGACGCCAUGAACAUAUCCUGUCAUUCGAACUAUCAGUUGCGCAUUGGCGAGAACGUGCAACAGCAUUGGGAUAUGCUAUUGACACGAUCGACUCAGUUGCAGCACAGCGAUGCCAGCGACAUGCAGCGGCAAUUUGCAUGUGGCAAGAUCUUUCACUUGCAAGGCAACCAUCGUGGAGCCUUGAACAUCAUGGAGAAGAUUUUUUUGCAAUGCGAUCAGGCAAAACAAGAGGGUGAAAACAAGUGGAAGCCGAUGGAGAUCGAGGCUCUCGAAGUGUCGGCUCGCUGCCACUAUGCCAUUCACAAGACAACACCAAGAUCUGUGAAGAUGGCGACUGUGGAGAUGGCGACUGCGGAAGAUGUGCUUGAGGAGGCCAUCAAGAAGAGUAAAGAACUCCACGGCAUCCAAUCCGCGACCACAAUCGCGUUGCAGCACACCUUGUGGCUCUGGUUCACGGAACAGGGUCGAAGUGAUGAAGCCGAUCUGCUAAGGAAAACCAUGGAUUAUGCAGUGGGUGAAAAGGAGACACCAGAAACAUGA